AUGAGUGACGACAAGCAAUUUCAGAACAUUAUCUCCCACGCCAAGGAGUACGGUUUUAUAUUUCAGAGCAGCGAAAUUUAUGAUGGCAUGCAGGCCAUUUACGACUACGGCCAGAAUGGCGCUGAGCUAAAAAAGAACAUUCGCGAUUAUUGGUGGCGCGCCAUGGUGCAGCUGCACGAAAACAUUGUGGGCAUUGAUGCCGCUAUUUUCAUGCACCCUACCACCUGGAAGGCCAGCGGCCACGUUGAUGCCUUUAACGACCCGAUGAUUGACAACAAGGACAGCAAAAAGCGAUACCGGGCUGAUGUGUUAUUGGAAGAUUAUGCCGAAAAACUUCGCCAGAAGGCCGAAAAGGAAAUUACCAAGGCCCGCAAGCGUUUUGGUGAUGACUUUGACGAGCAGAUGUACCGCGAAACCAAUCCGCGGGUAAAGCGCUAUCUAGACGAAGCCAAUGAAACCAUUGAGCGCAUGGUGAAAGGUUUAGAGUCUGGCGAUUUAGCAGAUGUAAAAAACCUUAUUGAGGAAAAAGGCAUUGCCGAUCCGGUUUCGGGCUCAAAAAACUGGACCGAUGUACGCCAAUUUAACCUGAUGUUUGAUACGCAAAUGGGCUCAACGGCCGAUGGUGCCAAUAAGGUGUACCUACGCCCGGAAACGGCCCAGGGCAUUUUUGUAAAUUACCUCAACGUGCAAAAAACCGGAAGGAUGAAGGUGCCUUUUGGCAUUGCCCAAACCGGAAAAGCUUUCCGCAAUGAAAUUGUAGCCCGCCAGUUUAUUUUCCGCAUGCGCGAAUUUGAGCAGAUGGAAAUGCAGUUUUUUGUGCGCCCCGGGGAAGAAAUGAAGUGGUACGAGUACUGGAAAGAACAACGCAUGGCCUGGCACAACAGCCUGGGCCUGGGUACUGACUUUUAUCGCUGGCACGAUCACGAUAAACUGGCCCACUACGCCAAUGCUGCUGCAGAUAUUGAAUUCAACUUUCCCUUUGGCUUUAAAGAACUGGAAGGCAUUCACUCCCGCACUGAUUUUGACUUAAAGGCCCAUGAAAAACACAGCGGUAAAAAGCUGCAGUACUUUGAUCCGGAAAUUAAUGAGAAUUAUGUGCCAUACGUGGUAGAAACCUCCAUCGGCCUAGACCGCAUGUUUUUGGCCAUUCUCUCGGCCGCCUAUCAGGAAGAAAAAUUAGAGGACGGCAGUGUGCGCACCGUACUUUCACUGCCCAUGGCCCUGGCCCCAGUAAAAGCGGCCAUUCUGCCAUUGGUGAAAAAAGACGGCCUGCCCGAAAUUUCCCGUGAAAUUAUGGAUGAACUCAAACUGGAUUUCAACGUGCAGUACGAUGAAAAAGAUGCCAUUGGCAAGCGCUAUCGCAGGCACGAUGCCAUUGGCACACCACUGUGCAUUACCGUUGAUCAUCAAACAAAAGAAGAUCAAACGGUAACCAUCCGCAACCGUGACAUGGAAGCAGCUGGUGACGAAGUGGAAAACACCAUGGAAGAAGCCGGUGAAGAAAUGCAGGAAAUGGCUGAUUCUACCGAAGCUGCAGCUGAAGAAACCGUUGAAGAAAUGGAAGAGGCCAGUGAGGAAAUGGAAGAAACCAUGGAAGAAAAAAUGUAA